GCAAUUGACGACGGUAAAGGCCGGGAAUAUAAUCUAGCAGACUUGGAAUCUCCCUACCCUGGAGUUUUCGAAUCCGCCUUCGUCCCUCGUCGUCGUUGCCGUCAUCGAAGUCUUGGCCAAUUACAGCUCAUUCGUUCCAAAUCGAAAGCCGACUCUCAUCUUUCGAGCAGCCUCACACAUCGCAGACGUCAAACACCACACAUCCGCCCCGCUUGAUUCCAGCGCCCACAAUGGCCAGCAUGAAGCCGUUGACGAUGCUGGCACGCGGUCCCUCAACUGCGACGCUGCUCAGGUCGUCGCAAUUCGCGUCAGGACGCCUCCCGUCACCCGCCACCGUCGCCUUCUUCUCCACGACCGUUCGCCGAGCCGCCACCCCAGCUGGACCACCGCCGCCAGGCUUCCGGUUACCACGGCCGAAGCGAUGGGAUGAAGGAGAGGGAGCAUUGGACCGCGCGGGCAAAUACUUCCUGCUCAUGGAGAUGUUCCGUGGCAUGUAUGUGUCGAUGGAGCAGUUUUUCCGACCACCAUACACCAUCUUCUACCCUUUCGAGAAGGGCCCCAUUUCACCCCGCUUCCGAGGCGAGCACGCUCUUCGACGUUACCCGACAGGAGAAGAGCGCUGCAUUGCCUGCAAGCUUUGUGAAGCUAUCUGCCCUGCGCAGGCCAUCACAAUCGAGGCUGAGGAGCGUAUGGAUGGUAGCAGGAGGACCACACGCUACGACAUCGACAUGACCAAGUGCAUCUACUGCGGUCUUUGCCAGGAGAGCUGCCCUGUCGAUGCCAUUGUUGAGGGUCCAAAUGCUGAGUAUGCAACCGAGUCAAGAGAAGAGCUGCUGUACAACAAGGAGAAGUUGCUCGCGAAUGGAGACAAGUGGGAGCCGGAGAUUGCGGCCGCUGCCCGUGCGGAUGCGCCAUACAGAUAACAACAAAUCUGAACUAGAAGCGAGGAUUGUAAAUAUAGGAACAGUGGUCAUAUCGGAAGCAGGAGCUUGAA